AAAGAUUAUCUGAACAAUCAUACAAGAUUUCUAGGCUACACACAGUUAAUGGCUCGGUCAAGCCUCGCUUGGUUCGUUAUGCCUCACCGUCCGUAUGUGACCCUUUCCCCUGUUUGAACGCCCCUCCUCAACAUUCUCUACACAUACAUAAUUGCGCUCUCCAAAGGAAGAAGACCCCGAGCAGACCACCAACAACCCAACAUCCGUGACCACGUCAAGACAGCUCCACCGAAACCAACAACUCAAACGGUGGUAAAUUAACUGAUUUCAAGCCCAUGCUCAGGGGUGCAAGGUUUAUAGGACAAAAAGUGUCAUUUCCUGAAUGCAGAGAGUGAACUGACUGUGCUGUACAGAGGCUGAGACUGUUCCUCUGCUGGUUACGCGCUCGUCUUUCAUUUUAUUUAUAUGUGGGUGAGCAAGUGUAGCACCUCCCAGCUUCUUUGGUCAUAGAUCUGGUCUCCCCUUGUAGACUAUACACUUACUGUACGUACAACAUGCAUGUUAGAUUUAGCGCGGUCCUAUAGCUGAGGAGGGACCCUAGGCUUGUCCAAAGGGCCCCCUCAUUCUCACCACCAUCCACGAUCUCUCUCCUGUACUUCGGAUCGCAAAAUCGUGCUGAAACAUGCCGAGACACUUGCAGUGCAGCUCGGUUCCAUCCCAGGUCGGCGUGGCGGGUUCUGUUUUUUAACUGGAUCUACUCUGGGGCAUGGUCUGCCUCACCACAGCUGAAGAGAACUAUUGCAAAUGACUUAAAGGUGCAACGAGUAGCAAUAACUGCCCAAUAGCGAGGUGAAGAAUACAGAAGAUCUAUACACCAAUAUUCAAAUCGAUGUUCGAUCAAGCCACGAAUAUGGGCGAUGAGAUCGCCGAGGAUCGCAACAACCACCGCCUUGGAUCCAACUCUCAGUGCCGUGACGGGAUAGACAAAUGCCAUACCGAACUUGGGGGCAGGUCGCCGGUGCAGAGCACAACCGAUACCCCGGGUACAUCGGCUUCCACCCCGACCUCCUCCAGUGAAGACGGACAUGAUAAACUUUUAGGAGUGGACCCAGACUACUGCCGAAGGAUUUUAGUUCGAGAUGCCAAGGGAACCAUCCGGGAGAUAGUGUUGCCAAAGGGUCUGGACCUCGACAGGCCAAAACGAACGCGGACAUCAUUCACCGCCGAGCAGCUCUACCGACUCGAGCUGGAGUUCCAGCGCUGCCAGUAUGUAGUCGGCCGCGAGCGCACUGAGCUGGCGAGGCAGCUGAACCUGUCCGAAACACAGGUCAAAGUGUGGUUUCAGAACCGUCGUACCAAGCAGAAGAAAGACACAACCAAAGACUCUGACAAGCGCUCCUCCUCCACCUCCGAGUCGCUGGCCACCUGUAACAUCCUGCGCCUCCUUGAGCAGGGGCGCCUCCUCUCCGCCCAGCCCCCCAACCCCCUACUGGGCACCCACCACCCAGGAAACGGCUCUCUUUUGGGCAGCCCCGGAGGCUCCUCCUCCUCGCCGGGUAGCAGCACACCACCGAGAAAUGGCGUUCAUGGGAUGGGCGGGACUUUUGGGCUGUCGUUGCCCUCCCUGGGUGGGACUCCGCCCUCGUCGCGUCUGGGCGUGCCGCCGUCGCACUCACUGUGCUUCUCCAUGCCACUGCUAGGCGGCGCUCAUCAUGAACUGGCAUCCGGGUAUGGGUGCGGAUCCUCUGCGUUCGAACCCUACAUGCGGCUGGACAGGAUCUCCAAGGAUGGCGAUCUGACUGGGAAGAAGACAGUUUCCUAAGGGGCGGCUACUUGGGGUUUUGGGAUGGGGUUAGGAUGACUCCCCCCUCUCUCCCUCCAUCCGGUUUACCACCACCUAUCCACACACCAACAUUGUUGUCCGUCGUUGGUUGGAUCACCAACAUCAUUGUCCAAGAUUGGCUGACCAGGAUGGACAGACAGACAGCUGGGUGGAGGUGCACCUCAGAAGGAGCAGGGCUAUCCUUGCGCAGCCGUGUUGUCAUUGGUUGCACCCUGUACCCACCCGUUCUCCAGCUACUUGCUACUGAAUAUCGUCUAUAGAUUACAUUACAAGGAGUGCAACCAGUUACCCCUUCAAUACAUUACAUACUUCCCAGCAAAAUCAUCAUGUCUGGCAGCUUUCUGCCAGAACGUUCUAAGUAAAAUAAUCAUACACUUUAGCAGUUUCUAAUAUUAGUUCGUAUUGUAUAGUGUCCAACACGGAUUCCUGUAAAUUCUUUAUUUGGUUGGUUCUGUGUGUGUUUUAAAAUGUGGACAAAUGGUGUGUAAACUAAAGCUAGUCUUAGGUCAAGUCCAUGCUAAGAAAUAUAAAAAGAAAAGGUACUGGGGAUAUGUCCUCGCCAAAGUAAUGGGUUAGCGAUAGCGCUGUUAGUUUCAUCUCUGCUCUGCGCUACACCCUCACGUUGUUUUGUCGUACAAUUAACUGGAGUAAAUUCGAGGUCAACCUGAUGAGCUUGACCCACUGACCUUUUAUCCCCUCCCAUGAGAUGAACUCUUGAUAUGUAAUUCACCAGUGAAGCAGUAUCACUUUGCCCGCAGUAUGCGUUACCAUUGGCUACAGAGACUACUCUCUAGUUUAAAGCAAGCAGGUUACCCUGACGACCCCCGUUCAGAUAAUCUCAGAAUGUUUUGGAACACAAAGGGUUUAUCAUCAUGGGGGGGUGGGGGAUUUGUAUUUGUUUUUAGUGUACAUAAAAUGCAACCCAUCUAUCCGGUACGUAUACUACCGCAUCACCUGGUAUUCACCACUCAUUCUCUUGUGGUUGAAUGUUGAUCACCUAGGUUUGGUGCACAGACAGACACAGACACACAGACUGAGACACACAGACACACACAGACAGACAGACAGACAGACAGACAAUUCCUACCUAACCGGUCCAUAUCAAUACUUCUCCUUAUCUCAUGGAACUCUGUGUGUGAUGUUCUGAUAGGUCAACACACACAGGAUGCAGUACGCGUCAUCGCUUUUUAACUGUUUUUAAUGUAAAUGUUUUCUCAGAUUGGUACUUUCAAAGCCAGUUGCUUCUUUUUCCCCUUCUCUUGUUGUUAUUAUUUAACAAUGGUAUUCGGCUAUUCCCUCCCAGACACUCUCCCGUGCACAAGACUCAUCCAUUGUUUGAUUUCCAUUCAUUUAACUUUGAUAUAAAGCACUUUAUGUUCCUAGAAGCUUUUCUCCAUUUUUCGCCCUUUUUUUCUGGUUGAAAGUUUGUUCUCAUGAAAGUUAUUUAAGAUCUUGAGAUAUCAGAUAUUCACAGGUUGUAUCACAAAUGGCACCCUUUUCCCCCAUAUAGUGCACUACUAAUCCUCCCUACGGUCACUCUCCCAUAGGUACAGUUUUAAAUGCAAUGGAUUCGGACUACCCACUACCCAUUGACGUGGCACGUAGCCUAUUGCUUGGAGUGUUGGGCCAGUAACUCAAAGGUUGGUAGAUCAAAUCCCGUUCUGCCCCUGAACAAGGCAGUUAACCCACUGUUCCUAGGCCGUUAUUGUAAAUAAGAAUUUGUUCUUAACUGACUUGUCUGGUCAAAUUUUAAAAGACAGCUUAAGAGUUAGUUACAGGUUCUGGAUUCAGUUGUUGAACAUACACAAGCAGGAGGACACAUGUUUUGAUUUGGCUAUUUCCCUAUGCUCUGGCCAUUCAUAUUUGAACUCUCUAAGUCAUAUCGGCUUGCUUUUAAGGUCAGUUGACUCUCUUCAUGGAGUCACAAUAGGCCACAUAGAUAGGGGGCUCAAGAUGUCUCUCUCUCUUCUUCUCGUGAGGUCCCUGGUUGCUACAUGAUGACAUCAAUAAAAAAUGGCCAACCUCAUCUUCACAAAUGAACGCUGAGGUUAGGCUACAGUGUUUGGUCGUAAUUUUCCCAUGUUAAGCCUAACGUUUAUUAGGGAUACACUGAUAUUACGUUUUUGGCCGAUACCAAUGUCAAAUAUUUUCUUUGACAAAAAACCCGAUACGAUAACCGAUAUUUAAUAUUUUAGCGGCCUUUGAAGCAUUCUUGUACAGUUAAAUAGUUUAAACACACACGCGCACACACACACACACUAACGAAAAAGUUAUUUUGUUGGCAUUUACGUAUGUUCCCAUUACCAGUAAAACAU